AUGGCCUUGGAUGCGGUCACAGGGCAAACGAUUCGGACGGAUGGCUUUUGGAGCAGCCUUCCCGCAAAUUUUCUAGACGUGCAGAAGGCAGAUUGCUUUGGACGCUGCCGUGGCUACCCUGCGGAUUGCCUGGCUUACCGCCUGGCUCAAGGGUAUGGAUAUGGUACGGUGGUUUGGACAGUCGUAGACUGUAACGAGGGCAUCAAAGAUCUCGGCACCAGGAAGAGGGAGGCGAACGACCUGAAUCUUUGCCGAGGAUCGAGAAGAUUGAGGAUUCGAAGGAUGAAGGCUCCGAAGUGGCCCUCCGAGAGAGAUCCCGUGCUGGCCAACCGCGAUGUGUUCAGGAGACCGCCUCACCGCUGGGCCGUGUUGGCAGAGAUUGAACUUCCGAAGGGCGACUUCCUCGAAGGGGGUGUGGAGCUGCCUGUGAACCGCAUGGAGGUACGAGAGGAGGUGAACCUCCGGGUACGAGAGAGGCCCAGGCCGUUAAGGGAGGAGGCGAAGCCCGUGACCCAGGAGAUCAAAGUCUCCUUCGCCGGGCAGCCAGACGUGAAGCUCUAUGUGGCGGAGAGCCGCCGAGGGAGGCGGGUAUCGACCAAAGGAGCCCUGAACCGUGACCUGGUCUGA